AUGAACCCUUCUAACCGCCGAAUAGAACACUCUUUAGCGUCUCGCCGCGCUCGCUUCCACCCGUACCGUCGACCAGUCUUUCCCCACCAAGAUCAGAGCAUGCCCUACAAACCGCGCAUUGAAGACGAUACUUUGAUUUACCUCGCGUUUGAUGUACCAAAUCUUUCCACACAAACCCCAAAAGACGUUCCUCUGGAAGCUGAAGACCGUUUCAAUGAUCGCAAUGAGGGUGGACUGGGGCGUUGGGACUUGGGCCUCGCUGUUUUCAUUCUACUCGUCUUGCGGCGUCUUUUGAUGCUUGUUCUACUACAACCAAGAAGAGAUGAUGAUGGGGUUUGA